AUGCUCUCGCCCAACGUCGCCAUCCCGUCGCCGACGGUGCCGCACACUGCGCGGAAACGGCCGCGGGAGCUCGAGUCGCCCGAGCAGCGAGCCAAGCGGGAAAAGGCGACGGAGCGCCAGCGUCGCAAGCGGGCGAGGGACCGCGAGGCGCUGCUUCACAACUCUGAGCUCACGCCCAUGGGCCACGGCGAACACUCGCCCGCACAGUUCGAAACCUCGCCCCUCGCUGAUAAUCACAGCCAGCUGCCCCCGCCCCCCGGCGAAUUUAUGCAAUCCGAGCCUGGACCCAGCCAGCACCAGCCGACGGAGGAGGAGCUCGACGCGAUGCGGGCCGUUGAGCAGGCGCACGAGGCUAUCACCGGCCAGGUGCACCGCCAGAUGCAGCACCAACACCCCCAGGGGCACGUGCUCACGCCUGCCGAGUUAAAUGCAGAAGAGAUGGCGAAGCGCGAGCGGGUGCGCAUCGCGGCGAGGGAGCGCCAGCGCAAACACCGCGCGCUCGUCAAGCAGCGCAAGAUGCGCGAGCUGGGAAUUGAUAUGGGAAACGAGGUCAUCCCGCCCCAUAUGCCGUACGAUAUGCCGCCGGGAAGCGCGGCGUAUAUGCAUCAAGGGCAUCAUGAGGACGGCGCGGGCGGUAUUCCUGGAGAGAUUGUGCAGCCCCAGGGCGGCGCGAUGUUCGCCCAGACGCUGCUGUUGGCUUUCGCGUGCGCGCCGCUGCUCAAGGGCCCCGUUCUCAGGAGCUUGGGCAUGACGCAGGAGGACCUGAACCAGUUCGAAGGCAUUAUCGCUAAUGCGUGGGAUCAGUGGGAUUAUGGCCGCCGACAGUACCACGCGCAUCAGGCUGCUCAGGCCGCUCAGCACGCAGCACAGGCGAUCUCUAACGGUGCGGCUGCGGCGGCUGUCGCAGCAGCCGUAGGCGCAAGCGGUGGGCCUAACGACGAUGACGGCGAUUCGGGCGAUGAAAGUCCCGCGCCCAAUGACUUCCGCGCCCGCUUCCGCCAGUCCAUUGCGCCGCCGCUCACAGGUUUGCCCCCGCCGCCGCCACCGCCCGCGGCCGUCAUCGACCCCGAGCUCGGUCAAGGGCGCAUCGAGGCCGAGGCGGUGGCCGAUCAUCUCGAGCGGUUCGAGCGAAGCAUGCAAGGAUAG